AUCUGUUUAUCAAUUUAAAUGUUUUUGUUAAUAACAUUUUUGUGAAAAACAAAGUUAAUAUUUUAUUUACUUUGAAUUACUAAUUUGCAAAUGUUGACAAAAUGUCAAAUACUUUGUACAAUUGAAUUAAACUUACUGCACGAGAAACGAAGCACUUGAUGUAGGAUUUACAGUUUUUUAAGAUACUUAUGCAAAUGUAUCAUUUUUUCAAAAUUAUAAUUACAUUUUAUUCUUUAUUUCCAGAUGUCAGUUGAGAAGAAACUCUCGCAAAAAUGAAUGAUCUAAGUAACUACGUAGAAUACAGACUUAGUGUUUAUCUAUGGAAAUCACUCCCGCCAGUACUGCUUUUGCUAGGAUCAGCCGGUAACCUAUUAGCCAUCUUAGUAUUGAUGCGACGUAAAAAUCGCCAGUCUACAUCAGCAUUGUAUCUGACAGCACUUGCUGUAUCAGACUUACUUAUGCUUUGGACGGGACUUUUAAGACAGUGGAUAAAAUAUACAUUCAACAUCGAUGUCAGGGAUAUGUCUGUAUUUGGCUGCAAAGUGCACGUUUUUCUCGUGUAUGUUGCAUUAAGUUGCUCGUCGUGGUUUCUGGUGGCAUUUACCUUUGAGCGUUUCGUAGCAGUAUGGUUUCCACAUAAAAAUAAGACUGUUUGUAGCAGGAAGAAGGCCGUCAUUUCUACCAUAGUCAUCUCUGCAUGUCUUAUCCUACUGAACAGCCACUGGCUUUAUUGGGUAAAUUUAAGACCGAUUUAUAUAAACAACACCACGUUUCAAUUGCGUUGUGACGUAAUAAAAGUAGAUUUUUACCAGGUGUUUUAUCGUAAGUGGAAAUGGGUCGACAUAUGUGUACAAUCCUUAAUUCCUUUGACACUGAUCUCAGUUGUAAACAUUUCAAUAAUAUCUCGUGUAGUAUGGAGAAAGUACAAAAGGAGCACCCAAAUUGCACCAACAUCUGGCGCAAAGGAGAGGAUUUCACAGCUCACGGUGAUGCUUGUAACUACCAGUACGGUGUUCAUUAUGUGUACAGCUCCAAUAUCGGUUGUUAUUAUUGUAUAUAAUAAGAGGAAAAGUGGCCAAGAUCUUGCCAUUCAUUUGCUGUGGUGGGCCGUCGUUAACUUGUUAGCCUACCUUAACAAUACUAUUAAUUUUAUGUUGUAUUUUCUCACUGGAUCUAAAUUUAGAAAACAAAUCCGGGAAUUAUUUUUCAGCAGUUGUAGAAGUUUAAACUUUUAAAAACAGAAUGAAAAGGAAAAAAAUGAGCCACACCCUGAAAAAACCAACAUAGUGCAUUUGCGAUCAGCAUGGAUCCAGACCAGCCUGCGCAUCCGCUAACGAUUUCUCUAAUAUUGCAAUAGACUUUGAAAGCGAACAGCAUGGAUCCUGACCGAGGCAUAUACUGACACUUUCAGACAACAUCAAAAAGGACCUUUUGAACGAUUUGACGAAGUUCCAAAAAUCCCUUGCUCCAUUACGGACCCCUGUGGGAUUUGUGUUUAUUCCAAGUUCAAAUAUUUUAUAUGUUUUCGUAGAUGAAAAGCUGACAUGUCGUGCUAAAGCCCAGGUAUUUUCAAAUCGUUAGAAAGUACUGAAAAUAGACUCCCAAUUGGCAAAACAAAAGAAGAAAAAAAUGAAGUCCACGCGCAUACAUAUAGACGGGGUGACCCCUGCGCACGACCCCUGACUAUCGACCAAUGCAAAUGCGACUUUCGUUUUCAAGUUUAGCCUGUCUACUUUCAUAUUCUUUGCUUCCGGGAAUAGCUGAAGAUCGAGUGUUGUCAAAGCAUAUACCUAUGCCUUGCGAGAUUGCAUGAACAUGUGCCCGGUGUCCUAAGGAUAUAUAAUUGAAUAAUAGCUGAAUAGGUCGCACUGUUAUAUCAAUACAAACUUUAAAAUAUUCAUAUAGAAUAUUGUCUAUUGAACAUACUUUAUUUGAACCGAGCGAUUUUGUAGCAGGUAAAAUUUCGGUCGUAGUUAUUGGUGAAUCAAGUUCAGAAAAAUGUACUUUCGGCAUCAUUAUCAGAAAAAUGCGAUAAAACUCCAAACAAUCUUCGUUGUCAUUUGAUAAAGAGGUCUGUGCUAAGUUCUGAAAAUGAUUGAAAAAUCUUCUAUUUUAAUAAUGCCUUCUCCUGACUGAUUACUAUUUUUCUUUUUAAACAUUUUCCAAAAUGUACGUUGCCUACUACGUCUCCUGUCAUUUUCUUGCUCAAAUUUCUGUUAUAUUCAUUUUUACAUUUUCUGCCAAAAUAUUUAUAUUCUCUUUUUUUUUUGUUUAACAGUGAUUGUCUUGUUUCAUAUGUUUUAUUGACAUUGUAAUCAAAGAUUGUCUUUUUAUUUAUUUUACAUUUAUUUUUACAUUCAUCAUUAUAUCAUUUCUGCAUGUUUCUAUCUACAGAUGUAAAGUAUACAUUUUUAACAGAAACAUUUUUUCCCUCAAAAUAUUAACUACCUUUGCUGUUAAAAAGUUUGUAAACAAAGCUUCUAAAUCGUCUGCUAGUAUAUCACGGUUAUAAUCUAUUCCUUCAUUCAAAGACCGUUGUAAUUGUUCAACAUCGCUUUUUACUUCAUUUAAAAAGGAUUCCUUGUGUUCGGGGUUCCAUUUAUAAAAUUUUCUCUUUUGGGUUAGAUAAUCAAUUUUAUGUGAUCUGGUUUUAAACCAAAACGAAAAUGGUGCGUGAUUCCAGAACUCAUAAAAUCGUCAACUGAAAAAUGUUUAGUUUGUCAAAAUUAGAAGACGAUGUUAAUAAAUAGUCCCAUAUCGAACUUUCUGUACUAAACGGGACAGCUUAAGCCUAGCUGGAGAAAAAUCGAUAAUGCAACAGGUAUGAUCGUUAUCGCCCGUAAAUUUUACGUAAACUUCCGAGAUUAAGCGGGGGUCAUAAGUCACCUUAUCUACAAACUCGAUAUUUAUUGCCUUCAGGUAAUAAGUCAUUAGUAUAAGCGGAUUAAAGACACUUGUAUAGGGAUUAUGUGACAUCAGCGAAGGAAGAGUGAAGUUUGAGAUAUAAUAAAAUUCAAAGUCAAAUAAUAAAGAAAAUAAGUACUUAAAGUGCAUAUCAUAUCUUUCCCUUGCGUCUUUAUUUACAUAUUUAGUUGGUAGUACCAGAAAAGUAUGUAGCCGUUCCAGGUAGUACUUAAAGGUCUUUUUAUCCGUGAAAACAUUUUAUCACAUAAGUGUGUAAGGCAACAAAUUUAUUUAGCAAUAUACAUUUUCACAUCAACACAAACUAUAACAAUGUACGUAUAUAAUAACCAUAAAAAUAACUUCAGUUUCAUUUGUCAUCAUAGCAUACUGAAAACAUACUAUGUAAAACUUAUAAAGAAAAUACAACUGUGUACGCAUGUUAACAACUUUUCUCUUUUUUAUAUA